GUAUUAUGGCAACAGAAAGAAUGGAGAACUACACGGGAGGCAUCUAUGCCGAAUACAACGAUAUGGCCUACAUCAACCAUGUCAUUUCUGUGGCUGGGUGGGGCAUCAGCGAUGGCACUGAAUACUGGAUUGUCCGGAACUCAUGGGGCGAACCAUGGGGCGAGAACGGCUGGAUGAAGAUUGUGACCAGCACCUACAAAGAUGGGAAGGGUGCCAGCUACAACCUUGCUAUUGAGGAGAACUGCUCGUUUGGGGACCCCAUUGUUUAAGGUGGACACCUCUGGGAGGG